GCUCCGCUCGGACCCGGCCCCCGCCACCAUGCAGCCCCCCGGUCUGCUGCUGCUCGUCCUUGGCCUGCUGGCUGCGCCCGCCGCCGCGCUCGUCAGAAUCCCGCUGCACAAGUUCAUCUCUGUCCGCCGGACCAUGUCGGAGUUGGGGGGCCCCGUGGAAGAUCUGAUCGCCAAGGGCCCCAUUUCCAAAUAUGCCCAGGGGGUGCCCAGUGUGACAGGGGGGCCCAUUCCGGAGAUGCUCAAGAACUACAUGGACGCCCAGUACUACGGGGAGAUCGGCAUUGGGACGCCCCCGCAGUGCUUCACGGUGGUCUUUGACACUGGUUCCUCCAACCUGUGGGUUCCCUCGAUCCACUGCAAGCUGCUGGACAUCGCCUGCUGGAUCCACCACAAGUACAACAGUGGCAAGUCCAGCACGUACGUGAAGAACGGCACCUCCUUCAACAUCCAUUACGGUUCGGGCAGCCUCUCUGGGUACCUGAGCCAGGAUACCGUGUCGGUGCCCUGUAAGCCGGCUCUGUCUAGCCUGGCUGGUAUCAAGGUGGAGAGGCAGACCUUUGGGGAGGCCAUCAAGCAGCCGGGCAUCACUUUCAUCGCGGCCAAGUUCGAUGGCAUCUUGGGCAUGGCCUACCCCCGCAUCUCGGUCAACAAUGUGCUCCCCGUCUUUGAUAAUCUGAUGCAGCAGAAGCUGGUGGAGAAGAACAUCUUCUCCUUCUACCUGAACAGGUGGGGUGGGAGGGGCCCAGGCCCCGUCUCUUCCCCACACCUCACUCCUCCUCCCAGUUCCAUGCAGCUGCCCGCCUCCCCGUCUACCCUCCAGGCACCGGGCCGCGGCUCCUGACCUGCGGCCUCUGACCGGAGGGGGGACUGGCCAGCCUUUUACAGACGAGCAGGAGGCUCUCUGGGCAGGCUCUGGGGUUGGGGUUUCCCGUCAGGAACGGCUCGGGCUGUGGGCCCAGGGUCUCGCUCAGUGGGCCACCCUCCUGGAGAACCAGACUCUGGUCAGGGCUCAUGGCAGCUCCUCUUCCUGGGUCCUCAGCCCGGCCUUCCCUGGGUCUGACGGUGAGCACAUGUGGCCCCUGAGUCACUGAUGGCCCAGAGGGGACAGAGCUAUGAGCCCCAGUCUGUGGUCAGGCCUCUGGAGGUGAGGGGCCUGGGGGCUUUCCAGGGGAGGUGACCCCAGUGAGGCCCUGAGGGCCAGAUGCUGCUAGAGGGCACCCCGGGUGGAGAGUGGCCCCACCAUCCGUCCCUGGCAGCAGCGCCGACUGUCCCGGUGGCCCUUGCCCCACACGGAAGGGUGGGUGACCAGUGUGCCGUGCCCUUGAGAAGGGGCCCCUUGCUCUCCCCUCAGGGCGGUGCCAGAGGUCCCGAUGCGGGUGUGCCGAGGACAGAGGUGUGGGCUGCGUGUGAGUGGGCGGCCCACCGACCACUGGUGGUCACUGCACCACACGCCCCCUCCUCACCCCACAGGCCCACUUCCCCUCAGGGUCCAGCCCAGGCACUCCGGCUGAGUGCCAGCCGCAAGCCUCUCCUCUUGCCCAGCUCCUGGCCUCGGCGGGGGUGCUGCCCUCGGUGGUAA